GUCUAAGACUUAUCUUAGUGUUAUUGCAUACAAUCACUAUAUAAGAAGGUCAUGAUUUUUGGAAGUCAGUCUUUCAUUUUCUUUGCUUUUAUAGGGAGUUUCCUAGAAAUUCCAUAUUUUUGUACUUGCCAUUCUGUUCCAACGUUUUUUGGUCGAUUGAACCCGGAUGGAUCACUUCGGGAUGUACGUAGUCCUCAGUAUCGGCUGAAAUAUUUUGACGUCCCUUUGAACCCAAGUCAGGUCGAGGCGGAAAAUCAAGUCAACCUUCUUCGAAUUCAACCAGAAAUUGUCGAUAAUGGCGAAGAAGUGGUUGUGACAUGGAGAAGCUCUUCAAAUACGAGUGAAGGCGAUUUUAUUGCAUUGUACUGCCCUCCAGAAGAUAUAAACUCUGCUUAUUUGGAUUACUUUUUCUUGAAUGAAACCGAUUCGGAUUUAAAGACUGGAAAAGGAAAUAUCAAGUUCAGGUUAUUCAAUAUGAGAGUAAAUUGUGAAAUGCGCUACUUUGAACAUGAUGGCUUGAGCACCCGUCUAGCAGCUCGCAGUAAUACUAUUCGAUUUCUUGGUGGUGACAUGCAACCAUUACAAGGACGCCUGGCGUUAACCGGAAAACCAAAUGAGAUGAGAGUUAUGUGGAAUUCAGGCUCAGAUUCCAUGCCUGUUGUGAUCUAUGGUUUGAAUGAAACUAGUCUUAUCUUUAAGGCUACUGGAAGUACUUCAACCUACAAAGCAGAGGAUAUGUGUGGAGAGCCUGCAAGUGGUUUAGGUUUCAGAGACCCUGGUUAUAUUCACGAUGUUUUGUUAACUGGUCUGAAACCUGGAAUCAAAUACUUUUACCAGUAUGGUUCUGCAGAGGCAAUGAGUAAGGUGUACAAUUUCACUGCUGCCCCUAUACCUGGAGCUAAUGUCUCAUUCAAAUUUGUUGCUUAUGGUGACAUGGGUGUGUCUCCAUCUCCUGGUGCAGUCGUUACUGCAAGGUAUUCUUUAGAGGAAGUCAAAAACGGAGCAGAACUUGUUCUACAUGUUGGUGAUAUUUCUUAUGCAAGGGGAUAUGCAUACUUGUGGGAUAAAUGGCAUGCACUGAUAGAGCCCUAUUCAACCUUAGUGCCCUAUAUGGUUGGCAUUGGUAAUCAUGAACAGGACCAUACGACAGGAGGCAAAAAAGAUCCUAGUGGUGCUCCUGGAGAAGGUUUUCAUCCCUCCUGGGGCAAUUUUGGUGAUGACUCAGGGGGGGAGUGCGGAGUUCCAAUGUACAAGCGGUUUCAUAUGCCUGAUAAUGGAAAUGCACUUUGGUGGUACAGCUUUGAUUAUGGAAGUGUGCACUUUGUUAUGAUGAGUACAGAACAUAAUUUUACUAAAGGUUCCGUGCAGUAUAAAUGGUUGGUUAAUGAUCUUGAAAGUGUUGAUCAUACCAUAACACCCUGGAUUGUAUUUAUGGGACAUCGACCAAUGUACACAAGUCAGUUGGUGUUAGGACAAAAUCCAACUAUCGCACUUCAUUUGCAAAUUGAAUUAGAAGAUGUUCUUAUGAAGUACAAAGUUGAUCUGGCUCUAUGGGGACACUACCACAGCUAUGAACGCACAUGCCCUGUCUAUAAACAGCUUUGUACACCUCAUGCUCCCACCCAUAUAAUCAUUGGUACUGCUGGUUAUGAUUUAACAUUUGAUCCAUGGCCUGAUCCAGAAAGAAAAUGGUCAGCUUACCACUCAUCAAAUUUUGGAUAUGGAAGAGUUACAGUCACUAACAGCUCGGCUCUGUUGUGGGAAUUCGUGCUUAACCUCAAUGGGAAAGUCGAAGACCGUGUUUGGCUCAUUAAAUAGUUCUGUGACCCCCAUUUUUUAUUUCAGAUUUCCAUUUUCAAUAAUAUAGUUUCAGAAAAUUGACAAAACGACUUUGUUCGCAAACGGCCUUAAGUCGUUAAAUCUACCCUAAUCUAUCUGCAAACGUCCAAAUUUCACUUCAACUUAAAAGCAUUACUCGUUGGAUAUGGAAAGUUUCCCGUGAUGAUUCUAACCCGUCGUAGGCUUUCAGGUUAUUGGCAGUUUUUGAUGACUAUAACUCUAUUAGAAUAAUGUAUUCUUUUUAAAAUUAACUUGAAUGCGAAGCUAACAUAGAAAUACAAAAGAAACCACUUUUUUUUUUACAAUGGAAUUUGAGGCAUUUCUUUUGUAUUUCCAUGUUAGCUUCGCAUUCAAGAUAAUUUUAAGAAUGGUCGAUAAUAUAUAUUGCAUGAUGUAAUGAUAAAAGCUAUUAGUAUAAUUUUAGACUUGAAAUUAGAGUUUCGUGCGCUGUGAUUGGUCGAGAGACCAGUGAUUAUGAGACGAUAUUCACUGCUCGAGCGGCAAUCAUGAGGUUUUUCAGAGCGGAAGUAAUACUAAACGUUUUUUUAAUGCUGAAUUUCGUCUUUUGUCUGAUAUUCAAUUCUAAAAUUAUCGGUCGAAGACUCGUGGCUCGGAAAAUAUUCAUCGAUAAUCACUUCGCCUUCGUCGAAUAAUCGCAAAAUAUACACCUAUUUCAAAAAACGUCGUCGGAUAUCUGAAAUCUGAGACAGAAAGGAAUUGUGGGUUGUAAGCUGUAAAUUGUUUGUGGUUUUAAUUAGUAGUUUGCAAAAAGUUAAUAUCUUGAUAAACUAACUUUGAGCAAUGACCUGCACUGGCAAACUAUGUGGGUAAGUGUAUAUUAAAUUUUUAACGAGAAAACAUGCACUCAGUCCCCCACAAAUCCAAUCGGUCUCAGGUUUCUGAUUUCAAAUAUCCAACCGACAACGUAUAGGUGUAUAUAUAUGUAUAUAGGUGUAUAUGUAUUUAGUUCCUUGUAACUUUUAACAGUGUAAUAAUGCAUAUAACAUUGUAAUAACUGUAAUAUAUUAACACUAAAAUAAUGUAUAUAACAAUUUAAAAAAAAACUAGAACUGAUAUGCUGCUGGGUAUCUUCACAAUAAAUCUUUAUUAGUAUUUUCACACGAGUGAAUAUAACAAAUCCGGCGCGCUCAUUGGUCACAAUAGACGAUUUGCACCAAUAGGUCACGUGACUCCAUUCCCGGUAAAACUAGAAAUGAAAAGAGCACCUCAACUUUAGUAAGAGGGCAAAUGUUGAUUAUAGAAGAAAUGACAAAUAUAAAAUCAUAUAUUAUACAAGGAUUUGUAUAGGAAAAGUGUUAGCUGGUAAGCUUUUGCCAUCCAGCGCAUUUCCCAUCAGUCAAUAAGUGUUAAAUAAAACAUUCAAUUUUAUAUCUAAUACCAUUUCUCCUGUCUCUCUUAUUAUGAGCUGACACUCCGCCUCCCUACUAAUGCCGAGAUGCUCUUUUCAUUCUUGUUUUUUUAUUUUGACAAAACUGCUCGUUUUAAGGGAGGUAGGGUGCGAGUCGUCUAUUUACAUCUUGUGCUGUUUUGUUAUAUAGCUACGAAAUUUUCCGAUAUAACUACGAAGUGACACUAGCUAAAUCUAAAUGUAUCCUGAACGGUCGCCCGACCGGGAAAUAAAUAACUUAUUUCCCGGUCAGGAAAUACGUUGCACGUGAAAGGAAUGGUAAAAACAAACAAGUACACGUGACCAGAAAGUGAAAAACGCUGGUAAAUAAAGUUCUUAUUUCGUCAA